AAACUUCUUCUCACUCAUUUUACAGUCUCACAUUUCAAUUUUAAAAUUACUUCAGUCAAGAUCAUCAAAAGUCUUCAAAUUGACCAGCUUUUGCUUAUUUCAUUGAAAUAUUUUAACAAAAUUAUCAAAUCAAAAUGGAUCAUUCAGGCUAUAGAUCACCAUUAUCCACCAGAUAUGCAUCCAAGGAAAUGCAAUUUUUAUUUUCCGAUCAAUUCAAGUUUUCCACAUGGAGACGUUUGUGGAUUAUGCUGGCCAAGGCUGAAAUGGAUCUCGGCCUGCCCAUCACUCAAUCCCAAAUAACAGAAAUGGAGUCAAACAUCGAAAACAUCGACUUCCCAGCCGCUGCAGCUGAAGAAAAAGCAACUCGUCAUGACGUCAUGGCUCACGUUCAUGUUUUUGCAAAACAAUGCCCUUCAGCUGCUCCAAUCAUUCACUUGGGUGCCACUUCCUGUUAUGUCGGCGAUAACACAGAUCUGAUAAUACUUCGUGAUGCCCUCGAUUUGUUGUUGACGCGAGUCGUGAGUGUUGUGAAGUCAUUGAUGGAUUUCGCUAUGCAAUAUCGUGACCUGCCGACCCUUGGAUUUACGCAUUUACAGCCAGCACAGUUGACGACUGUUGGUAAGAGAUGUACGUUGUGGAUUCAGGAUUUGUUGAUGGAUGAGAGGAAUUUGAGAUUUUUGAGGGAAAAUUUGAGAUUCAGAGGAGUAAAAGGAACGACUGGAACUCAGGCAAGCUUCCUAGAACUCUUCAAUGGCGAUGGAUCAAAAGUAAAGGAACUUGACAAGAAAGUCACAAAAUUAGCUGGAUUCGAGAGAUCAUAUCCAGUCACAGGACAAACUUAUUCCAGAAAAGUUGAUGUCGAUGUCGUCAACGCAAUUGCGAGUCUUGGAUCAACAAUCCACAAAAUGUGCAGCGACUUGAGACUCUUGGCAUCGAUGAAAGAAGUUGAAGAGCCAUUUGAAGCUACACAAAUUGGAUCGUCCGCAAUGCCUUAUAAGCGCAAUCCAAUGAGAUCUGAGAGGUGUUGUGCACUUGCUAGACACAUGAUUACACUUCAAUCGAAUGCUGCAAAUACUCACGCAACUCAAUGGAUGGAGAGGACACUUGAUGACUCAGCAAAUCGUCGAUUGACACUCUCGGAGAGCUUUUUAUCUGCUGAUGCAAGCUUAUUGACUUUGUUGAAUAUUUCACAAGGCAUUGUGGUAUAUCCAAAAGUCAUUGAACGACACAUUCAACAAGAACUUCCAUUUAUGGCUGCUGAGAAUGUUAUAAUGGCUAUGGUCAAGGCUGGAGGUGAUCGACAAGUGUGUCAUGAAAAGAUUCGCGUUUUGUCACACGAAGCUGGUGCUCAAGUCAAGCAGCAUGGAAAAGACAACGAUUUGGUUGAGAGAAUUAAGGCUGACAAAUAUUUUGAACCAAUUUUAGGACAGCUUGAGCAUAUUUUGGAUGCUAAGACAUUUACUGGACGUGCUGGUGAUCAAGUUGUUGACUUUAAUGAAGAAGAAGUCAAGCCAGUGCUGGAAAUGUAUGCUGGUAAAAUUCAGACGUCUAGUGUUAAGUUGGUGAUUUAAGUUUUGAAAAUAGAAGUUCAA